GUGACAGUUGGUAAGCCGAGGUGACAGUUGGUAAGCCGAGGUGACAGGUGGUAAACCCAGGUGACAGGUAAGGCGGUAAAGCGGUGCGUGCGACCAGGUUUGAGUGACAGGUGAGCAACGGAGGUGAGGCUAAACUAAAAAAACUCACACAGGAAUGAGUGGCAAGCCAGCAGCCGAGAUCCCCCAGUGACACCUUCCCCUUUCCCCACCUCACCCCUCUGUCCCCCAAGAUGGAGCGGGGUCAUGAGGGCAGCAUCCCUCGCAAUCUGUCCCUGGCGCACGGCAAACUGUCGCUGGCGCCUGGCCGCAGCACGGGUAGCGGCAACAGCAACCGGGUGGUCAUCAACGUUGGUGGCGUGCGGUACGAGACCUUCCGCUCCACCCUCAAGUCCAUCCCGGACACCCGCCUGUCGUGGCUGACGGAGGCGCAGGACCACAACCCGGACUACGAUCCGGCCACUGGCGAGUACUUCUUCGACCGCCACCCGGGCGUCUUCAACAUGAUCCUGAACUACUACCGCACGGGCAAGCUGCACGCGCCGGCCGACGUGUGCGGACCCAUGUUCGAGGAGGAGCUGGCCUUCUGGGGCAUCGACGAGAAGCAGAUCGAGCCGUGCUGCUGGUCCGGCUACAGCGCCCACCGAGACGCGCAGGAGACGCUGGCCGAGCUGGAGAGCGACCACGACGACAGCGAGAACGACGACAACAACGAGGAGGACGAGGAGAUCGCGCGUCGCUUCGGUAUCGUGCUGGAGGACGCCCACGAGGAGAAGCACUGCUUCCAGCGAUGGCAACCGCGGGUCUGGCACCUGCUGGAGGACCCGACUUCGUCGUCUGGAGCCCAGAUCAUUUCCAUCGCUUCUGUUGUCUUCGUUCUCAUCUUCAUCGCCAUCUUCGUGGCCGAGUCGCACAUGCAGUUCCGUGACCCUCGGGCCGGGGUCAACGUCAGCAGCAGCGACACGUUGAAGGUGCGCGAGCUGCAGGAGGCCACGGAGCCCAAGGCGUGGCUGAAGGUGCUGGAGUACACGUGCGUCUCGUACUUCACGCUGGAGCUGCUGCUGCGCGUCAUCUUCUGUCCGGACCGUGCGGCGCUGUGCCGCCACGUGCUGACGUGGGUGGACCUGCUGUCCGUGCUGCCCACCUACACCUACAUCAUCAUGAUGGCCGCCAACGCCGGCGCGCACGAGAGCCUCUACGUCAUCAGCUCCUUGCGCAUGAUUCGCAUCUUUCGCAUCCUGCGCCUCACGCGCUACUUCUCCGGCCUCAAGAUCCUGGCCCACACCCUGAGGGCCAGCGCCAAGGAGCUGUUUCUGCUCAUCAUAGUGUUGGGCAUCGGCGUCCUGGUCUUCGCCAGCUUCAUCUACUACUUCGAGCAGAUCGACGAGGACCCUAAGAACGACUUCAGGAACAUCCCCAUCGGCUUCUGGUGGGCGGUCGUUACUAUGACGACGCUGGGCUACGGCGAUAUAUACCCUCGGACGGCGUUCGGGUACAUCGUGGGAGGCAUCUGCGCCCUGUGCGGGCUGCUGAUGCUGGCUCUGCCCGUGCCGGUCAUCGUGAACAACUUCACGCUGUACUAUUCGCACGCGCAGGCCAAGAUGCGACUGCCGCACAAGAAGAAGAACAUGCUGGUGGGCGCCGCAGACGCCCUCAAGAACACGGAGGCGGUGGUGGAGGGCAGCCUGGACGCCUCCCACCCUCCGCCAGUAAAUUCGUCGGUGAGCGGAAGUACGCAGUCGGUGAUCUCCCUUUCUGACAACAAAGCCAAUGUGGCUCGGAGGGGAAGUGAGGACAGCAGAGGGGAGAGCAUCGAUUCCGGAUUUAAAACGGCCAGCAUGGACGGCGAGGUCGGGGGGAUAAGCGUCAUUUUCACGGAUGAGUUGGCUGCCUCCUGCUCGCCCACCAGAGACCCUCUCAGUCCGACGACUAAGCGACACAACAACAAACGGACCGCCAUUAAUGUGGGCGAGAUCAACGCGCCCUCUGCGUCUGACAACAGCAAAUCGAACAGCAUCACCAGCAGACAGCGCUCCAACAUCCAUGUAGACAUUGUCGAGGUAGACGUCUGAUGCAAUCUGACGUCACCAAGCUGCAACGUGACCUCGAAAAACGUCAGGGUUCACGACCUUGAGACACGUCACACCCAGGCCUUUGAGGCGUGUUGUCGUCACGAUAUCGUCACAACUGUAAUGCGUCACCUACACGGCCUUGACACGGGUCAUAUCCUUCAAGGAUUUGACCUUUAGUGACCCUCCAAAGUUCACAUAUCUUGCCUUCUUGUCGCUUGUUUAAAUGUCGGUUUUUAAAAAAAAUCUCCUUGGCCUUGUUUAACGUCUUUCACCGGAUAAAACCCGCUUUGAAGUGCAACUGAGUGCAACUUUUUUUUUUCUUCUCCAAGAAAACAUUUCCAGUGUGAUGUCCUCGUGGAUCUGGUUCCAACUGAAACUCUGAUGUUGCCAUGAUGACAUGUCCUUACUGUAAAUAUAUUCUCUUCCAAAACAAUGUCGUCGGCGAUCUCCCCACCAAACGAACCUUCGUUGGAGUGUCUGUUGUUUUCUACCCUCUCGUGUGUUCUUGAGCCUCCCCAGA